AUGAUGGCCACGUCGCGGAGCACCGCGAGGGUGUCUGCGUCGAAGCCCAGGAGGAAAGGCCCCACGACAGGCGGCGCUGUGUUUUCGUCGCCGGAGGAGGCAUGCGCCCCCCGGCCUGCCAGGGAGAGCAACGUGCGGAGGUGGCUGCUGGCGGCCGGCACGCCCAACAUGGAGCAGGCCAAGAGGUUGGCUGCCACGGCCACCACCAGGGUCGGCACCGAGAGGAAAAAGCGGUCGUACAAGGACAACUCGCAGAAAAAACGGCCCACGGCGGCCACGGCCGAGACCGUCAGGUGCGGCAGCAGCGCCUGGGCCGGGCGCGAGUACUUGCAGGGCGUCAGCUGGUCCAGCACGCCGGAGUCGGCUAUGGCCAUCUGCAAGCAGUCCUCCAAGGACGGGUGCGAGAGCAGCCACUCGAGCGUGGACAAGAUGUGGAACUCCAUCUGCAAGAACAUCUCCUCGUCGUAG